AUGCGCAUUGACGCACGAGGCUUGGAGGUGGCUGAUAAGAAAUCCCGCCGGCUCCCUCCAGACAGAUCUCUGACACCACACUUCCACACGGUUACCCCGGUAACACACUCCGCUGUGACGGUGCAUCAGUUGCUUAACUUUGCCGUGCACGCAGAUGCUUGUGUAGCUAUCAGCUCCAUUGCUGCAGUUUCUUCUCUGUUAUCAGGUCAGUGGUCCUCCACUGGGGGUCAGCUGUGUGACUACCGCUUCAUUGGAGAGAAGAAGACCUGGAAAGAAGCCCAGGAGUACUGCAGAACGUACCACACUGACCUGGCCACCGUGUCCAACCAGGGAGACCUGAAGAGACUCCAGCAGCUUAACCAAUCCGGAGCCUGGAUCGGGCUGCAGAGAGACUGGCACUGGUCUCAGUCCAGGGUGGAGUUCAGAGAUAGUAACUGGUAUCCAGGACAGCCAAAUAAUUAUAACAACAAAGAGGAGAACUGUGUGGUGAUUACGAAUGAUGCGUGGCAUGACUACCCUUGUGCUUACCAAUUUAAAUGUAUCUGCUAUGACGAAAACAAGAUAUCAGGCAACAGAUUUCAUGUCAGUGAUUAUAGCAUGAGCUGGCGAGAGGCUCAGAUCUACUGCAGAGAACGUUACACAGACCUGAUCAGUGGAGUCCAGCAGCUGGAGGACUUCAAGAAAGACCCCCAGAAUAAUGGAAGAAUAUUCUGGAUCGGCCUGUUCAAGGACUGGAGCUGGUCUGAUGGGAGCAGCUUCUCUUUCAGACUCUGGGAUGAACAUAAACAAGACCCUAAGAAGACCUGUGGUAUGACUACGUCAGGUGGAUUCUGGAGCCCUGAUGACUGUAAUAAAACCAAAACCUUCUUCUGCUACAACGGUGAGUCCAGCACCAGGUCUCUGACGCUGGUCUUCAUCUACAUCUGCUCCAUUUACUCUGUUAAAACCAGUUCAACUUCAUCUGCUCCAAGAAGUCACCACCACAAUGGUGACCGCCGCAGCCUCAUUUUAAACCCCGUGCCUGUUGUGUGGAGCCUAUUCCGAGGCUUUAUUGAGUGGUCGGCUCUGGAGAACAUCAGCGCCACAAAGACAGAUGACAGACCAAGACCUGGCUUCAGAACCCGGGUCACACAGACGGACCGAGCACACAUGGCUGAACAGCAGGCGGCUGAUGAUGACUCGCAGCUCAGAGGAGUGUGCACCUGCACAAUAACUGCCCAAAAUAGUGAAGGUGCAGGAGGGGAGUGUAAAAAUGAACUCUGA